AUGCCCGGGGAAUUGAUCAGAACAUUUGCUACUGUGGCCGCCUCCCAAACACUCAGCACGGACGACGACGGAAUUGACCGUCUGAACCACCGCUACACUGUCAUCAUUUUGAUAAUCUUCUCCAUCAUUGUUUCCACAAAGCAGUACGUGGGCGAACCCAUAUCAUGUUGGUGCUACGACAGCUGCAGAGAAGAGUCCCACGUCGAGUACAUGAACAAAGUGUGCUGGGUCAAAAACACAUAUUACUAUCCCAUUCGACGAGACCUGCCUCUCCCCGGCACUGAAGAAACCAAUAAUUUGGAGAUCAGUUAUUACCAGUGGGUUCCCCUCAUCCUCCUGGCUCAGGCCAUUCUGUUUUACAUUCCCGGCAUGAUUUGGCGAAGCUUCAACAGGAAAUCCGGAAUCACAAUCCAGAAUAUCAUCGACGCCGCCGAAAUGUUCCAAUCGACUCUUCGAAUUGACGAGAAGGACAAAAUAGCCAAGCACGUGACCAGAUAUAUCGACAAUUACCUCGACCACCAACAGAUUGCCAAAACUAUCUUUGGUCGUCUCGGUUGCUUCACGAGUGGUCGAUAUGUCUCGAUUCUUUACUUAAUCACUAAGCUUCUGUACGUCGCCAAUACUGUUGUUCAGCUUGUACUUCUCGACAGUUUUCUGGGCUCGGAGUAUGGAAUGUAUGGCUUUAAAAUGAUUCGAGGACUGAUCUCUGGUGUCGAUCAGAUAAACCUUACUCCUGGCUUCCCGACCAUUACAAUGUGUGACUUUGAUGUCAGGAAACUGGGGGCUGUCCAUAAUUAUCGAGUACAGUGUGUCCUCCCUAUUAACUUGUUCAACGAAAAGAUAUUUAUAUUCAUUUGGUUCUGGUUGGUCAUCACGGCAAUUCUCACUUGCAUCAACUUUGUGUUGUGGUUCUUUGCGCUUAUGCUCCCUCUCAGUCGAUACCGCUUUAUCAAAAAACAUUUGAGACUUGCCGGAAAGUACAGUUCUGCUACGGAAAGACGGAGAUGCAGAGAAUUUGUUUCCAAUUUCAUUAUGACUGACGGGGUCCUGAUCCUUCACUUGAUAUCCAAGAAUUCCAGCGACAUAAUCACGAGUCAAAUUGUAGGGGCCAUGUGGGAGAAUUAUCGACAGUACAAGCCAUUUAUGAGUGAAUAUACUGAUGGGGAAAUAUGA